CUUCCUUUCCUAGUUUCUGUGCCUCGAUUGUCGAGGUUUCUGACAGUCUUCUCCCUCAACGCGAGCUCCGUAUCUCGGCGCUUUUCUAACGUGAGAAUUGUGAAGGGACUUGGUUCGCGCGACUUAGUGAGAGGCUGUGCUCUUCUACUCCUUUCAGUGUUCUCCGGGCAAACUGAAAUCAGCUUUUUGGGGAAUUUUCUCCCUCCCAACUCCUGGCUAACACUUCAGUUCGACCUCACAACACGGCGGUGCUGAAACCUUCAACCAGAAUCUUCACUGUGGCUUCGCGCCAACUCUCUCUCCUCCACCGUCGCAGUCGCGCAGCGAUGGCAGUCGCAUCAUCCGCUGCGACCACGACGGCGAUCGCAUCACUUGGCGCGUCCGUCGCAUCACGCGGCGUCUCCCGCGCCGCUACCUCCAUAGAGGCCACUCAGGGUGCGCUUCUCGCCGCUAACCACGCCGUUUCUCACGGCGUGCACGCGCCUGGAUCCUUCACCUGCCUGCAGUGGUCCUCAGCUCUCAGAAGCCAAUCAGGAGCCGGCAAUCAGAUGAAGACCCAGCUGGGAUCCUUAUCCGCCGCCGCCGCAUCCUCCGCCAGCUCGACCUUCUUUUCAGGCGGCGUAGCUCGGGACGCGUUGUUGCUAUCAUCGCGCUCAGGAGGAGCUGCGGCGCGUCUGGCGUCCACCCUUUCUGCGCACGCGUCGUCCUCCGAUUCCGCCGCAAGCGCAAGCCCUAUCGGUUCCGCGUCCGCCGCCCGCUCCGCGAUCGCCGGCGCGACUCCCGCAGUCCGCCAGGGCGCGGUGUUGCCGACGGCGGAGUACAACCUCGACGAUUCCACCGAAUCCUCGUCGUCCGAUUCUGAAUCCGACGGCUCUGGAUCACGCGCUCUUGAGGCACUGUAUCAGGCGCGAGCCAAGAGUGGGUUGACCGCCACUGCUGGGGGAGCGUCCGCGGGUUCAGGGCUUGGCCGAGACUUGCUUGGGGGUUUAACGUCUGACUCGGAAGCGGAGGUUUUUGAUAGCGAUGAGGAAGUGAGCAGUGACGAGGAGGGUGAGGUGGUGCUCGUCGACGUGUCAGAUGAUGACGUGGACAGGGAUGAGCUGGCGAUUGAAAGCCUUGGGCUUGCCACGGUUCUGGAGCAGGCGCUGCUGAAGCGCGGAAUCUCCCGUCUCUUCCCCAUCCAGCACGCGGUGCUAGCGCCGUCGAUGGACGGCCGGGACAUCAUCGCGCGCGCCAAGACGGGCACGGGGAAAACCCUCGCGUUCGGCAUUCCUAUCCUCGAGCGCAUCACGCGCGAGAUCGAGGAGAACAACGGCAGGCGCCCGUUCCGCGCCCCUCGCUGCCUGGUCCUGGCGCCAACCCGCGAGCUGGCGAAGCAAGUCGAGCGCGAGUUUUGCGAAUCCGCGCCCAACCUGUCAACAGCCUGCGUGUACGGCGGGGUGUCGAUCGAGGGGCAGAUGCGCCAGCUCAAGCGCGGCGUGGACGUGGUGGUCGGCACGCCCGGGCGGCUGAUCGACCUGAUCGAGCGCGGCACGCUGAGUCUGAGGGAGGUGCAGUUCGUCGUCUUGGACGAGGCGGACCAGAUGCUGGCCGUGGGCUUCGAGGAGGACGUCGAGCGCAUAUUGGAGAAUCUGCCCGAGGGAGUCAACAUCCAGACGAGUCUGUUUUCCGCGACCAUGCCGUCCUGGGUCAAGAAGCUCAGCCGCAAGUACCUCACCAACCCGCUGACUAUUGACCUGGUGGGCGAGAAGGAGGAGAAGCUGGCGGAGGGCAUCCGUCUGCUGUGCGUGCGAGCGCCCAACGCCUCCAAGCGCUCCAUCCUCGUCGACCUCAUCACGGUGCACGCACUGGGCGGCAAGACGAUAGUAUUCACGCAGACCAAGAAGGACGCGGACGAGGUGGCCAUGGCGCUGGGUCGCUCUGUGGGCUGCGAGGCCCUCCACGGCGACAUUCCCCAGCAGCAGCGCGAGCGCACGCUGCAGGCGUUCCGGGACGGGCGGUUCGUUGUGCUCGUUGCCACGGACGUCGCCGCCAGGGGGCUGGACAUUCCUAACGUCGAUCUGGUGAUCCACUACGAGAUCCCCAACGACCCUGAGACCUUUGUGCACCGAUCGGGGCGAACGGGGCGAGCGGGCAAGACAGGAUGCACCAUCCUCAUGUACACGGAUUCGCAGAUCCGCUCUCUCCGAAUGAUCGAACGUGACAUUGGCUGCAAGUUCGAGAAGGCCUCUCCCCCCCACCCCGACGAUGUCCUCCAAGCCUCGGCCAAUCAGUCAGCGGCUCUCAUCUCCCGUGUGCACCCUGAGCUCGCCGAGUCCUUCCUGGAAACCGCCGAGAAGCUUCUGGAGGAGCGCGGCCCGAUUGCACUCGCUGCCGCCAUUGCCCACCUGAGCGGGUUCAGUCAGCCGCCCUCUGCGCGGUCCCUGCUGACGCACGAGGAGGGGUAUGUGACGGUGCGCAUCAUCCGUUCGCCCAAGAGCCGCAACGGCCCGCUCAUCUCGCCGCGGGCGGUGAUGGGCACGCUGGGGGAGAUCUGCCGCCGCGCCGCGGACAACGUGGGGAAGAUCAAGAUCCUGGGCGAGAGAGAUGUGGAGGGAGCAGUCUUCGACCUGCCAGAGGAUGUGGCGAAGGAGCUCUUAAGCCUCAAGAUCGACAACGGGGAUGUCUUUGACAUUCCGCGCCAGCUGCCCACUCUGGUGGAUGACGAUGUGAGGGGCGGCAGGGACAGGGACAACUACGGGCGGUUCGGAGGGAGGGGAGGCGACAGGGGGAGGGGCGGAGGCGACAGGUUUCGCGGCGGCAGUGACAGGGGAGGGGAGAGGGGCAGGGGGGGCGAUCGUGACAGGGGCUUCAGGCGGGAUGACGGCGGCAGGAGAGAGAGGUCUGGCAGCUGGGGCGACGUGGGUGAUAGGCGCAGCAGUGGCAGCGGCAGCAGCAGCACCGGCGGAGGCAGCAGGUUCGGCGAGCGUGACCGAUUCUCUCGGGAUCGUCGCCCUGCUGGCGGUGGCCUGGUCAACCGCCGCAAUUUCACCUCUGACGCAUGGGAGAGCGAGGACAGUGACGGGUACUACACUCCAUCCCCCGUAGAGCGCACGCGCAGCGCCCCCAGCAGCAGGGGAGGGGAGUAUGGGCUGUUUGACAGGUCCAGCCGCAGCAGUGGAGGAGGGUUCUCGGGGGUCUGCUUCUUGUGCAAGCAACCUGGGCACAGGGCGGCAGACUGCCCUGUGGUGGCUGGUCGUUAGGAUUUGAUGCUGGGUAUUUGUUUCAAACGAAUUUGGCACUGAUGAAUGAUUUGUUGGAGUUUAGGGUAUUCUUCAACAUGAUUUACGUGCUGUUAGACACUUGCUUUGACUAAGCAAAGGGACGAAUUUGGAUCUUGAAAUUUGAACCUGUGGAAUGUAUUUGGACGCAAAGUGGACUUAUUCCAUCGG